AUGGAAAACCAACCAGCCAUAGAACAGGAAGUGGUGAUGGGGGACGGGACAUCGAGCACGUCCGACAACAAGUCCAGUCGGGAAACCCCCAGGCCUGAAGACACCAGGUGUGAGAGUGUAGCAGAAGGUCGUAAGCGUGAAUACCGACACACCGUCCUCGAAUCUCUAGGCAUUACGGUUGGCAAGACUUUAGGGCACGGUUCUUACGCCAGCGUCAAGUCGUCGUAUGACGCAAAGAAGAAGGAAGAGGUGGCCAUUAAAAUCGUGUCCAGGCGCCGCGCCCCUCAGGAUUAUCUUGAAAAGUUCCUGCCGAGGGAGAUCGAAGUUUUAAAGAUUCUGCGGCACCCAAGCCUGAUCAAGUUCUACCAGGUCAUAGAAACAACCAAUCGAAUCUAUAUAGUCAUGGAAGUCGCUAACAAUGGCGAUCUAUUGGACGCCAUCCGCAACAACACGUACAUCCAAGAGGCUCAGUCACGCUUAUGGUUCACUCAGAUCCACGAGGGCAUUGUUUAUAUCCACUCUAAAGGUGUGGCGCACAGAGACAUCAAAUGUGAAAACAUUCUGCUGGACAAACAAAACAAUAUCAAAAUCACAGACUUCGGAUUUGCCAAAAGAAUAUUUCCUGUGAAGUCAGUGCAGGACGUGUUGAGUGAGACUUAUUGUGGAAGUUACGCUUAUGCCUCUCCGGAGAUUCUGAAGGGAAUUGCAUAUGAUCCGUUCAUCAGUGAGGUCUGGAGUAUGGGUGUUGUUCUUUUCACCAUGGUGUUCGGCCGUCUUCCAUACGACGAUUCCGAUUUAAGACGAUUACUGAAACAGGUGCAACGACAGGUAGUAUUUCCUCCUCAUCCUCUCAUUUCUAAUGAGUGUAAGCGAGUGCUGCUAAAAAUUCUCGUCCAUCACAGAGAUCGUAUCCCGUUGGAUGAAAUUCAGGAUCAGGAGUGGUUCAAGAUUAGUCUCCCUGAGCCGGAGGUUAAGGUCACGCGACCUGCUCCGCGAAGUCCUGAGCUACCGGAGUCCACCAGUCAUUAG